AUGGGCACACAAAUUGAUGAUGAUCCCUUCUUCACCACUCUAUUACAAGGUAGAGGAGAGGAUUGUAAUAGCACCGCAACGCAACAUUCUAAUGUUGUGCUCCAAUCAACAUUCAAUGACGGUGAAAAGAGGCAUCCUCCAAAAAAAGUUCAAAGGGGUGCAUCUUUCACUGCAAAGAAGGAUAACCUUCUCGUCUCAACUUGGUUCAAUAUUAGUAUCGAUGCAAUAAAUGUUUCUUUGAUGAAUCGGUGGUCCUCGAUUCAGAAAUGCACAAAUAAGUUUUGUGCAUUUUUAGCACAAGUAGAGUCAUUGCAUCCGAGUGGUGCAACGGAGCAAGACAAGGCUAAAAUUUUGUAUAAAGAGAUGGAGAAGAGUAACUUCACAAUGGAGCACUGUUGGUGUCUUUUGAGACACCAAUCAAAAUGGCAACAACACAUCUCCACCCUUGGGACGAGGAGAAGGCCACAAGGUGAAGUUGCUAUUGACACGGUGGGGGAGAACAUGGAGGUUUUUGCUGAGGGACCUCUAGGCCAAAAAUAUGAGAAAGAAAGGGAGAGGAAGCAGAAGUCGAUGGAAGGCAAAGAGUCUAAGAUCAGCAUUUCCUUAGCUAAAAUGAUCAAGGAUAGAGCCACGACCAUGGAAGAGCGGAGAAAUGCUGCGUUGAAGGCAGAUAAAAAAAGCGAGAAAGUAUUUGAACUAAAGAAGAAGAAGUUUGAACUAGAGAAGAAGAAAUUUGAAGACUUGAAUGAGACUGUGUUGCUGGACUUGAAUGGGACUGUGUUGCUGGACUUGAAUGGGACUAUGUCAAGUGUGCAAUUAGAUAGUUGA